CUCCUCUUUCUCUCUCUAAGAUGCUUCUGCUGCUGUUGUUGUUGGUGGUGGUGGUGGUCUUGUAUUUGUAUAUCAUAAUUUCAACGUUUUUUAAUGGAUGCUUUGAGAGUAAAUUAAGAAUAAAUUCCAGGCAAAUGGGGUUCUCUGGAACCCUUUCACUCACAUUUCCACCACCACCAUCGAAACUGCUCUUCUCUUCUCUUCUCUCCCUCCGUCUUAAUGGCUUCCUUGUCCCUUUUUCUCUCUGCAUCCUCUCUGUCCUUUAUCAUCCCAGAUUCUAGUGUUUCUUGAGAACCCAUUUCUCCCUUUCAGGAUUUGCCUUCUUCCUUAGUCAGCCACUUACCUUACCUGGGUAUCCCUUGAAUCUUCGCCUGUUUCAUUAGAUAGAAGUCUAGUUUUUGGGUCCCAAUUUCUCUUCCAGAGAAUAUUUUUAGAGGGCUACAAAGCGGUCGGAUCCAUGUCCAGAGGAAAAGAAAACGAAAUAGAGGAUGAAGAGGAGAAGAGUUUAUGUAUGUGUGAUUCUAAUCUUAGAAAUAGGAGAGGUGUGCUUGAUGGGGAUUCAGGUAAUGGCUGUUGGGCGAGUUCCAGUAGUCCUCCGCCUGAAAAGAUUAGGGCUCGUGGGACUGUAAGGAGAUUGGACCCGAGUCGGAAUGGAUUCUCUUCCGGCGAGUGCAGGGUUGGUAGUUCGUCAGCUGUAGAUACUCAGGAUGCAGAUUACUCUGAUGGUCCCUCUCUCAGCUAUGAAGUAGAGGGUCUGAUCUUAGCUAGGGUCCCUAGAUCAGAAUAUUGGAAGUUUUGCUUUGUGAACAAGCGGUACUUAACUCUUUUGAAGAGCGGUGAACUCUUUAAGAUUAGGAGAGAGAUUGGGGUCGAAGAAUCGUCUGUUUUUAUGUUAGCGAGUGGGGAAACUAGUUGGUGGGCAUUUGAUAGGCAAUUUGAAUCUCGUAGGAGGCUACCAAUUUUACCAUCAGAUCCAUGUUUCACAUCAGCGGAUAAAGAGUCGGUCUGCGCGGGGACCCAUCUUAUUGUUUCAGGCAGGGAGUUUGAAGGUGUUGUUAUAUGGAGGUACGAACUGGCAAUGAACAAAUGGUUCAAGGGUCCUUCCAUGCUCAACCCAAGAUGCAUGUUUGCUUCUGCCAACUGUGGUACCUUUGCUUGUGUAGCGGGUGGGAUCAGUAUGGUGAGUACUAAGGAAGUACUAAAUUCUGCUGAAAUAUAUAAUCCAGAUAAUAAAUCAUGGGACACCCUUCCAAGAAUGAACAAGAGGAGGAAGCAUUGCUCAGGCUGUUACAUGGAUAACAAAUUCUAUGUGAUCGGUGGGCAAGACGAAAAGGGUGAAGGUCUUACUUGUGGAGAAGCAUAUGACGAGGAUAGAAAAGCAUGGGACUUGAUCCCAGACAUGUUAAAAGAUGCCCCAGUUUCAACUUCUGAAUCUCCCCCUCUUGUUGCAGUUGUGAACAAUGAUCUCUACUCUCUAGAAGCUUCUUCGAAUGAGCUGAAGGUGUAUUUGAAGAAGACUAAUUCAUGGAGGCGGCUGGGAACAGUCCCCGUCAGAGCUGAUUUUAAUAGAGGAUGGGGUGUUGCGUUCAAGUCUCUAGGCAACAAGCUGCUAGUUAUAGGCGCAUCCUCAGUUUCUUUUGCAGGUCAUGGCAUGACUAUAUACACUUGCUGCCCCGAUCCUGAUGCUGAAGAGUUGCUGUGGAAGCCUCUUGACAGUGGCAGAAACCGGCUUAGUCAUUUUAUCCUAAAUUGUUCCAUCAUGAUAGCUUGAGGUCAGCUCCUAAAGGAAGUCUUGCAGUAGAGAGUUGUUUGAUAAAUUAUUCUGACUACCCAAAUAAAAACUAAAUUGGGAAAGUAGAAAGUUGGCAUUAGAAGAUGUUUCAUUCCAAUAUUACACGAGGAGAUCCUGCAAAUUGUGCAUGACUCUCCAAACUUUGUGUGAUGGCAUUUGGUUGAUUUAAGGAAUGUUGGUGAGUUUUCACCAUGUCCCCCCUUCCCUGUAUGAAUUCAAAUUUCCUGGAACAGAAGUUUUAUAACAGUUAUGUUUGGUUUCACAUCCUUAAUAUAUGAUGAACUUGAUUUGAUCA